AUGAAGGAAGAGGAAUCCUUGCCUCUGAUCGCCGGUGGGGGCGGGUCUCCGCCGUCGAGUGCCCUGGAGAUACUAUGCGGGGCCCCAAAGCUCCUUGGGAAGGCCUGGAAGCUCCUGAUCCCCGUCCUGCUCAUCUAUCUUAUCCCCUCCUCUCUCCUUUUAUUUGGCACCUAUAUUGCCGUGUUGCCGCUGAUCUCCGACAUGGUCGAGAAAUUCUUAGCCGUGAAGACCGACGAUCCCUCGUUCUCCGACAUGGUCGACGCCCUCCUCCCCAAGCUAACUGAGGAUCUUAGAGGGUUGGCCGCCACGGAAGUGGUUAUCAUGUUGAUGUCUUUCCUCUUCUCGUCGUUCCUUUUGACGGGGGUGAUCAACGCGCUCGCCAUGGUCGCCAAGGCGGACAAGGUGACCUUCAAAGAUCUGUUUUACAAGAUAAUGAGGACUUGGAAGGGCUUAGUUCCCACUCUUGUCUACGUCAACCUCUUGGCGUUCGCUUACUUGACCAUCUGGCUACUACUUCUGGGAGUCGUCUUCUUCGUCUUUGACCUUUCUCUGUCAUCGAUUGCUUUGUGCACCGUCAUAUCCGUCUCGGGAAUUCUUCUCCUACUGUACUUGAACAUGGUCUGGUCUCAAGGGGUGGUGGUCUCGGCGACGGAGGAAGGACGCUAUGGGCUGACCGCCCUGGGGAGAGCGGCGGAGCUCGUCCAAGGAAGAAGAAGACUAGCGUUGCGGGUUAACUGCCUCAAGUUUCUCAUCGUCCAGGGGGGGAAUCUCGCCAUUAGUCUCCUCCCUCUAGAAGGGAUGAACGGGCUGAUCAUUAUGUUCGCCAGAUUCCUACCUUUGGUAUUUCUGAGCGUGUUCUGUGUAGCCGUGGACGUGGCGUUCUACAACGAGCACAGGAAUGCCACGGGGAAGGGAAGCUGUGAAGAACUUGGGGAGACUACCAAGGAUGUGAAAUUAAAUAAUGUAUAG